GUUUUUAUAUAUAAAAAAAUAAUUAUGAAAUGCAAGUAGUGUAGUACCAAGUAGGUCCAAAAGCCAUUUUGGGAAUUAAAAGACAGUGGAGUCCAGAUAAGAAUGAGUUAAAACCUUUUAACAACAAAAGUUAAUUACACUGAUAUUGCCACAAGGCAUUAAUGUGGUAGAUUCAAAAUAGGAUUUGAUAUCCGUAAGUAUGCUCGAAUAGUCUGUUCAGAGUUCAGAUGAAUUUGGGCUGGUUGCUGAAACUUGUCUGUCAGAAUCUUUUAAUUUUCAGUUGUUCUAGGGAUGGCAGAAACUGCUACGAGAGAAAUUAUUCUACAUCAUUGCUCUGACUGUUUGUCAUUGCUCAUUCCUUUGUGGCACAGGAAACAGAGUGAGAAUGGGAGUCAAAGUGGAGGGAGGUCAGAGCCCAGCUGUUUCUGAAUUUAAGUUGCUCCUGAAAGCACAUUCAUUAGAAACUUAUGGUGUUGAUCCUCAUCCUUGCAAGGACUCAACAGGAACAACUACAUUUUUAGGAUUCACAGCUGCAGGAUUUGUAGUUUUUCAGGGGAACAAACGAAUUCAUUUGUUAAAAUGGUGUGAUGUCUGUAAGCUGAAAUUUGAAGGCAAGACUUUUUAUGUGUUUGGAGCUCAGAAAGAGAAAAAGGCUGUACUGACGUUCCAUACCUCAACACCAGCAGCCUGCAAGCAUCUUUGGAAGUGCGGGGUGGAGAACCAGGCUUUUUACAAGUAUGCAAAAUCCAGCCAGAUCAAGACCAUGUCCAGCAGCAAAAUAUUUUUUAAAGGCAGCAGAUUUCGUUACAGUGGAAAAGUAGCCAAAGAGGUGGUGGAGGCAAGCUCUAAAAUCCAGAGGGAACCUCCGGAAGUUCACAGAACCAGCAUUACGCAGAAUCGCAGCUCUCCCUCCCUGAACAAGCAACUCAUAAUUAAUAUGGAACCUUUGCAGCCACUUACUCCUUCUCCAUGUGAGGAGGAAGAAGUUCCUUUAGAUGAAGGAAUUCACUUUCUGGCAGCCAAGAAUCAACUACCGUGUUCCUUCCUGCUCUCCAGUUCCCACUACUGCAGAGUUACAGCAGCUUGCUGCUUUACUUACAACUCUAAGCAAUGAAAUCCAUUUUUGGAAACUGCUGACUACGUUUACUAUAUGCUCACUAGAGAGUGCAGAUAUGCUUCAAAUACAUAUGUUACAUAUGCUAGACAGUCAUGUUUCCUUUUAGGUGAGGAAAUUGUUGUUAUUAUUACAGUUCAAAAGAAAUAUUUGUUCAUGGGUUUCCUGUAGAAUAUAAUAUGCAUAGUCUAAUACCACUAACUGCCAAAUAAUGGUACUCAGCUCUUGUACAGUAUAUUCCUGCAGAGGACUUGGGGCAUAUCAAAUUGCAGUCUAAGCUGAUAUUACAGCUCGGACAUAUAUACCAGCUCUCCUCUCACCUUCCCACAUGCCAUGCCUGUGUGCAUCUUUUUGCUGUGUGUUCCACCAUCUCCCUUUCACCAACACUAAUCACCUUGAAGUGAACUAGUACAAGGAGUUAAAAUGUUAAUAAUAACAGUUCAGUGUCCCACUUCUUGCUGGCUCAACCUUUAAGAAAUUCAUCAGAGUGGUCCAGGCAAGGUGCUGUGCCAAAGGCAAGGGCAGGAGCAGGAUCUUGUAGGCUGGGAGAGAAAGGGCAGCCAGCUCUGGGGCUGACAUAACUGCAGUGGCAAACUGUUUUUAAUGCAUAACACAUGUUGAACAACCUUGACAACUCUUUGGAUGUUGAGGCCUUAGGUGGGGGCGGACAAUCUGACAAUCUCUUUUCCAAAGUGCCUGUAGAUGCUGCUGAGCACAGUGUAGCCGUACCAGAGCUGGCUAUAGGGCAGGUCAGCUGUCUCCAGGCUGUGUAGGCUGGCUUAUGCAGCCUCCAGGACCCACACUCGUACCUCUGCAAGGUCUGAUGCUAAACCUGCAUUCAAGCUGCUGAUGGUCAAGACUUUCAUGUGAUGCUGCACUAACGCUGUGUAGGCAGAGGCAGGCAACUCAUCAGGAAGGCUGGCCACAGUGCUGCUGGCAGUUCAUGUCUUGGACAGACUCGAGACAAUACAAUUUUUCUCUUCUAACUGAGCAAAACUUGGCUUAUUCUUAAUUUCAUAUCAGCUUUGGAUAUUGCAAGCAAAAUACAUGGCCAGAAAAAAUGGUGAUCGUGGUGUUAUCCUUUUUAAUUGCUGGCUUGAGAAAGCACCUUUUCUUCCUAAAGCUGCUGGAAAGGUUCAAAACUGAGCUAUCAGAAACUGCCAGGUGAGAGGGAAAAUUUUUUGUCAAUUACUCAUGUUGCUAGGGAACAAAGCAAUCAGAGAUUGUGCUAGCAGUCUGUAGGGGAUUUUAAACAACCUUAGCAUAAUCUUUUCAAAUGUAAAAAUUCAUAUUGCAACCAAAUAUGAAAAAAAAAAAACCAACUACAGCCAUUCUCCCAUGUGAAAUUUUAUCUUCAGGUAAGAAAAUGUAUGCUAAAUAAUCAUGAUCAUAAAUGACUACUGUUCACGGGAAUUAAAAUAAUGGAUGUCUGUGAUAACAGUUUAGUAUUUAUUUUAGCAGUUGACAUUUAGAUGAGGGGAUUUGAAAACAGAAAUUUGUUAGAAUGACAGCAAAAGUGAGUUUUCCUGUUGUUACCUCAUUCCUCAAGAUCUAAAUCUUCACCCAGCCCUUAAGGGCUGUGUACAGGUGUCCAAUUACAAAUUUUACCUCCAGAUUUGGACUGGUGUUCCUACUUAAAAGUAUUUUUUUGCUCUUUAAAAGUAUAGUUAUUUAGGUGAGUAACCUGAUAGAUUGACCACCAGUCAGUACUUCUUUUAUCAACUUAGACAGCAAGUGUGCCAAUGGAAAACUGGUGAAAGCUCAGAGUAUCUGCCUUCUAGAUGUAAGCAGCUGGUAGUCAUGUUAUAAGUGGCAUUUGGCUUCUGUGAGAGAAACUGGCACUCAAAUGUCAGAAUGUUUCAGAGGUAGGAUUCAGGAGCUGGGAGCUGAUGUCUCACUGAAGUUACAGUCACUGUCAGAUGACAAGCUCGUCCAAAUUGGGGUAUCUUAGCUAGUAGGUCUAAGAAGAGCUACAAGAAUAAGGAUGAUACAUUUCAUGCACAAACAGAAGACUUCUGCCCAUGUCAAUUUUAUUACCUCAUUUUUACAUUACUGGGAACUAACUGGAAGUUUGUAAUUUGCAAGUCAAUGAAACUGUUUUCACUGACAUCCCCCCAAAAAUACAGGGAUUUGUUUAAAAAAGUAUGUUGGUGGUAGUUUGCAGGCUAGACUUGCUGCUGAAAUAAAUGACAGCUAAUCCAUUUUCUUAAUUAUGCAUCACAAGCAACACUUUUAAGUCAUGAUUUUCUCAAGAUUUCUUCAGAUUUGGGAGAGAAAAUAAAGCAAAAUGGGAUUCCUACAGAUGAAUGUUUU